AUGGCAAGAACACGUUGCUAUGACAAAAAAAGUGGAUUGAAAAAAGGGACUUGGACUCAUGAAGAGGAUAAGAAAUUAGCAGCUUAUAUUAAUAGAUGUGGCUGUUGGAAUUGGCGUCAACUUCCCAAGUUUGCUGGAUUAUCAAGGUGUGGAAAAAACUGCAGAUUGAGAUGGCUGAAUUAUCUUCAGCCAAAUAUCAAAAGAGGAAACUUCACUAAAGAAGAAGAUGAGACCAUCAUGAAUCUUCAUGCAGAAAUAGGCAAUAAAUGGUCAGCAAUUGCUGUUCACUUGCCAGGAAGAUCAGACAAUGAAAUAAAGAAUCAUUGGCACACCUCUCUGAAGAAGAGAUUAUCAAUUCAAGAAACCUCAAAGAAGAAAUCACCUAACAAUGUCACUCAAAAAAGUGAUGAUGAAGACCAAAAUAUUUCACCAAAUCAAUCAUGUACUGAAGUUUCUUCUUGUGCUACAAUUGAUCAAAAUUUGGAAAAUAUUAUGGAUGGACAAUGUGAGGUAUUUUAAGAAGAAUUAUUUGAAGAAUCGAGUGGAAAUUUUUGGACAGAACCAUUUUUAGUAGAUAGUCUUAGUACCACUAAUUGUGAAGUUUUUGUGCCUCCAGAAUUUGACCAUGACCUAAUUGUAUCUCCAUUUUCUCCUGUUAUGUCCUAUGAUGAAUUUCUAUGCUCAUAUAAUUAAGGGGUAGUAUGGUAGGUUGUGUCAAAAUAUGAUAUUGUAUAUUAGUAAUAUUUGGAUUAGUAAUACUAGUAUUGAUUAUUGU